AUGGCUUCCGAUGUGGCGGCUCUCGAGGCGGAGGUAAAAGAAUUUAAACUACAACAAUCGUUCGUCAUUCAGCUCGAAACAGUCCAAUCGAGCUUGCAGGUAGAUCCCGAAAAUGCGGAGCUUCAAAGCCUAAAGGCUGAAUUAGAAGAAUUCAUCAGCUUGACUGAAGCAUCCAUUGCCGAGCUCAAACCUGCCACACCUACCCCGCCAACUUCCAAACCAUCCCAGCAACCCACAAAAGAGAAAUGGUCUAAAGAGAGUCAUCCUGCCUACCAAUCUGGCUAUCGCAAAACAACCGAUCCUGUCCCAUCAGAAGAGCCGCCUGCACCUAUCUCUUUCUCGGUCAAUGAUAACGUACUCGCGCGGUGGAAAUCCGGGGAUGGAUCCUUUUAUCCGGCUCGGAUUACGUCGAUUACUGGAUCCUCCAGCAAUCCGGUCUAUAUUGUGUCAUUCAAGUCGUAUGGAACGACAGAGACACUGAAUGCGAGGGAUAUCAAACCUAUUUCUAGCAGUGCUGAUUCGCGGAAACGCAAAGCUGAUGAAACGCCAGGCAUAUCUCCUUCUCAGGCCGUGCCGCAAAAUACUAGUAUAAUAUCAGCUGCGGCUGAGAUAAAUCCCACACUUGCCAACCAAGCUCGCAAUGAGCCGAGCAAAGUGAGUGACGGACCACCACGACCGAACAAGGUUCCGCGCAAGGUCAAAGCCAACAAAGAGCUCGAGGCUGGGAAGUCCAAAUGGCAAGAUUUCACCAGCAAAUCUAAAUUUGGAAAGGGUGCUAAGAAGGAGAGUAUGUUCCGGACACCAGAAGGAGUAAAUGCGAGAGUCGGCUUCACUGGUUCCGGCCAAGCAAUGCGUAAAGAUCCAACCCGCAGCCGUCACAUUUACCAGCAGGCUGAUGACGAAGGUUACUGA